AUGGUGUGGAAGGAAAAGGUCGAAGAAUGGGAGUCGGAUCAAAAACUGCUUUUCGAUUUGAUGGAGGCGAUCCGAAAUGGUGACAAUAGUCAGGUGGAAAAUCUUAUCAGUAUAAUCCGAACGAAUACAUCGAAUGAGCAAGUCUCCAACUAUAUUGCCACGAAUUCCCCUCACGCAGCAGAGGAAGGGUCUCCCUGCAAGGCUUCAACAUCCCAGCAACUGCCACAGUCACCUAAAAGUCGUUUGUUCAGAGCCACAUUGGGAACGGCUAGCCCCUUGUUCAGAGUGCCUGCCAAACCUUGGGCGACAGUCACAGAUGAUGACGGGCUCGUGUCGCAUCUCCUAUCACUAUGGUUUACAUGGCGCCAUUGGUGCUAUCCGUUCAUUGACCGCGAUACCUUUGUCUCGGCCAUGCAAUCUGGACACGAGACUAGUGGAGUAUGUACGGCAGCUUUGGUGAAUAUGAUCCUCUCAGAUGCUUGCUUCGACUAUGACAUUCUGGACAACAAUCAUAUCCAUCCGUCGGACGAGAAACCCUUACAAGAUCUCUUUUACGAGGAAGCUAAGAGAUAUGCAGAGACAACAGCGCAGAAGAGGUCGUUACCGUCGAUACAGUUCAUGGCGGUCCAAUGGAUUUUAGAGAAUCACGGCCUUGACAGGCUCGCCAAUGUUAUCAUGCAAGAUAUGACCGACCAUUUAAAGCAGUUUAACAAGCCUAGUCGGCGUCAAGAGGCCAGGGCACGACCUGGAAAAGAGCCAAUCUCUGGUGCGCAGCAACUUUCGCAAUGCACUAGUUAG